AAUUUUAACAAAUAUGCAAAGAGAGAACGGUUUUGAUCCUUCCUACCUAGAUUUUAAUAUUUGUUGUAGUAUGUUUUAUUGUGAAACAAUCGGUUUUAUUAAUUAAUAACAGUGAUUCAAAAUUACACGUUAUGUCGUCAAAUCGUUCGAAAUCUUCGAUACUUGACAAACCGCUGAGCAAGGGAAAAGGAGAGAUUUCACUUUCCGUUUACGCUUUAUUAUUCUCAGAAAUUGUCCAAUAUUGCCAGAAUCGAUCACAUUCUAUCCAAGAGCUACAAACUAAGCUGUCCGAUAUUGGCCAAGAUGUGGGAACCAGACUUUUGGACCUCUAUUUUGUCAGAGAGCGGAACAGUAAGAGGGAAAUCAAACUUCUCAAUAUGCUGCUUUUUGUUAAGUCUACCCUCUGGAAAGCAUUAUUUGGCAAGGAAGCCGACAAGUUGGAACAUGCUAAUGAUGAUGAAAGGACAUACUACAUUAUUGAGAAAGAUGCCUUGGUGAACAAAUACAUAAGCGUGCCGAAGGACAAAGGCUCCCUGAACUGUGCUAUUUUCAAUGCUGGCAUCAUAGAAGCAGUGUUAACUAAGAGCGGAUUUCCCGCAAAAGUGACUGCACACUGGCACAAGGGAACCACUUACAUGGUCAAAUUUGAAGAUUCCGUCAUCUCAAGGGACAAGUCUCUUGAUGAUCGUUAAAUAAUUAUAUGUAUGAAUAUUAUAUAUAGGUUAUGUAUUUUGGAAAUCAUAGUGGCUAUAAUAUGAGUGGACUACCUACAUUGUUUUGACACUGACAAGGAAGAUAUGCGGCAAUAUGUUAUGCUAUGUUCUUUGUUCUACUACUCGUUCACUUCUCAUUGGCCGCUAUGGCUUGCCCCCCACCCCCUGCGGCUGUGCUGCGCGAGGGAAGCUACAAGACCAUUACAAUAAAACUUAUUUCCUUCAAUAGUAUCUAAUUUUAUUGUUUUCAUAAGCUAUUUGUCACUCUAAUAGUAAAUAAAGAAAUAACUAUAGCAAUA